AACGACGACCGUGAAUGUUCGGUUAUUUUGCUUCUCAUCUAGCUAGCUAGAUAGCUAACCAGCUUGUGAAUUUUGGGAAAAUGGCUGAAUCGUUUGAAGAACGUCUCGUAAAAGCUGUCAAAGAGCAUACACACUUGUAUGAUACCUCAAUGCGUUUACAUUUCGACAAAGAGGCUCUCGAACACAGUUGGCGCGAAAUUGCUACAUAUUUAAACUCCGAUCCAGAUACUUGCAGGAAGAAAUGGAGACUUGCAAGGGACCGUCAUGUGAGAGCACUGAAAAAGUCUAAGGACAUGCCAGAGGGUGUACCGAGGCCUGGAAGCCUGAGUUGGCUCACCAUUUUUAUAAAACAUCGGCAAACCAGCCCAAACUUUCCCGAGAUCUCAGCAGACAGAGUUGAGAGUGAUGACAACCUGGAUCAGACUCCCUUGUUUUCAGACCAGGCAGGUCCACUGUUCCCUUUAUCAUCGUUCCGUCUCCUGGUUCCACCUCUACGACUAAUGUCAGCUUUCAUGUGGCAAGUGGCUCAAGAGCGUAAUGUGAUGCACUAUGGGAAGCUGGAGGAGUUUGUGACUUUGGUGACAGAGAUGGUUCCAGAGCUGCUGGGCUCCAGGCAGAAGACCCAACUCAUCCUGGGUCUGAGAGCAAGGAUGGUUUUAGAGUUGUUUCGUAAUGAAAACCCACCGGACCCCCAGACCAUCCAACUUAAUUUGGACAGAAUCAAAACUUCUUCAGUACAUGCUGUGCACAAGGAUUCACAGAGUAGAAAUGAGUUGGAGUCUUCAGAGUCUAACUUCGUGGAGCUGGUCAAAACCCUCCUCGAAGACCCUUCUGAGAAGAAGCACUUCUUCCAGGUGGUGUUCCCAAUACGUUAUGGCCCUCGGUAUGACACAGCACUGCAGAUACUGAUGUGGGAGUUUCUCUCCCGACUGGAGGAGCUGCUGCCUGUACCAGACCUCACAGAGACAGCAUCUUGCCUCAGCCUUGCCCCCUCUGACCUGGAGGAGUUCUGGCAUUCUGUCUCUGACCCCGAGCACCUGAAGACACUGCUGCAGCAUCAUAGACAUCUGGGUCACUUGAGCAAAAAUGAAUUCUCCAACCAGGUCGCAGACAACAUCUUGUCCACAUUGUCAAUUCCUCAAAUUCAUGGCCUGAAGUCAAGCCUUGAUGGACAUGAAGGCAUGAAAGGAAGCACAGAGGGGUGGAAGAUCAACAGUGAGGAAGGAGGAGAGUUGCAUUUUGAAAAGAACUUGGAGGAUGAUGGAAGUGAGAGAAAUGAAGACACUGAGAGGGGAUUGAAGGAUGAGGAUGACGCAAAGUGGACCUCCCCUCUGAGUGAACCAGAGGACUCGGAUGAACCGGCUAGUGACAUGCCCUCCCAGGUCUUCUCCUGCCCCCAGUGCCCAUUCUCCCACAGGGAAAUGGUGGACCUUCAUCAGCACAUCAGGAAGGAACAUCUAACAGAGGAGGACAGCAGGAGCCUGGACUCUGGAGGAGCUGAGAACUCACUGCCAUCCAGUCAAACAGCCAAGAGCUCCUCAGCCAAGAGCUCCUCAGCCAAGAGAAUCAAUAACAACACCUGCAAACAGUGUGGGAAGGGUUUCAGAUGCACAACUGACCUGAAACGACACCAAAGUGUUCACACUAGUGUGCAGCCGUUCCGGUGCAAUCAGUGUGAGAAGAGAUUCAAAUCGGAGAGAUAUCUACAACUGCACAAGAAAAGUCACGAUGUAGAACCGAUGCACAGGCCAAUUUGCCAACACUGUGGCAAGAGUUACACUAGUGCAGCUGUCCUCAAAAUACACAUACGCACCCACACCGGAGAGCGGCCUUACUCCUGCUCAGUCUGUGGGAAGAAGUUCAAUCAAAAGCACACAUUAGUUAGACACCUCCGGAUGCACAAAGGAGAUAGACCAUACCUGUGUAGCGUAUGCGGGAAGGCUUUCUUUGUUUCCGGGGAACUCUUAGUGCACAUGCGGUUUCACACAGGGGAACGACCUUACCGCUGUAAACCGUGUGGAAAGGCUUUCAGCACGUCAUGCGCUCUCACGUCGCAUAAGCGAUGGCACUCAAACGAGCGCCCGUUCACCUGCUCCCUAUGUUCAAAGGGCUUUGCGGAAACUGGUGGCCUUAAAAGACACAUGUUUAUUCAUACUGAGGAGAAGCCCCAUUACUGCCACACGUGUGGGAAAGGAUUUAGUCAGUUGAGCAACAUGAGAAUACAUUUGAAAACUCAUAAAAAAUAAUGUAAUUGGCUCUUUGUCAGACUUAAGGAAUUUUUAACUAGUGUAAUGUUUAUUUCUCCUUGAGCUCAAAGCCAAAAGUAAGGAAAAAAUGAAAUUGUAUUAUAGGUAAUGUACAUCGUCCUGACAAAGUAUCCAUUCUGUUAUUUUCCCCUUGGUAAUGUGAUCUGUUGUUAAGGAACUUUGGGCGCAGACAAUGACACUGAGGUUUUACUUAGUGCACUGCCAACUGCACUGUACUCUGUGAGCACAGUAGGGUUAACAUGGUGUAAGGAUCACACGUAGUUCGUGUAGGCCGUUCUGUACCUGAAGUAAUGAAAAGUUUUGACUGCAACUAUCAAGUUGUCUUUUUAAUAAUCAUUCAUGUGUUUUGGGGCAAGCUCCUGAUGCAUGUUGGAACAGAGUCCUCCCUUUUCUCCUGCAUAGUCACCUGUUCACGUGUCCUUGUCUGAGACAUUUUUAUUUUUAUUCGGGCACCUGAUUCCCUUCUGGUUCGUGCUGAAGUGCAAUUAGGUACACUUUGUUUCCAUUGUAAUCAGACCUGGGUUCAAAUACCAUUUAAAAUAUCUCAACAUUCACCUACAGUGGGGAAAAAGUAUUUAGUCAGCCACCAAUUGUGCAAGUUCUCCCACUUAAAAAAGAUGAGUGAGGCCUGUAAUUUUCAUCAUAGGUACACUUCAACUAUGACAGACAAAAUGAGAGCGAGAAAAUCCAGAAAAUCACAUUUUAGGAUUUUUUUAAUGAAUUUAUUUGCAAAUUAUGGUGGAAAAUAAGUAUUUGGUCACCUACAAACAAGCAAGAUUUCUGGCUCUCACAGACCUGUAACUUCUUCUUUAAGAGGCUCCUCUGUCCUCCACUCGUUACCUGUAUUAAUGGCACCUGUUUGAACUGGUUGUCAGUAUAAAAGACACCUGUCCACAACCUCAAACAGUAACACUCCAAACUCCACUAUGGCCAAGACCAAAGAGCUGUCAAAGGACACCAGAAGCAAAAUUGUAGACCUGCACCAGGCUGGGAUUACUAAAUCUGCAAUAGGUAAGCAGCUUUGUUUGAAGAAAUUAACUGUGGGAGAAAUGAUUAGGGAAUGGAAGACAUACAAGACCACUUAUAAUCUCCCUCGAUCUGGGGCUCCACGCAAGAUCUCACCCCGUGGGGUCAAAAUGAUCACAAGAACGGUGAGCAAAAAUCCCAGAACCACACGGGGGGACCUAGUGAAUGACCUGCAGAGUGCUGGGACCAAAGUAACAAAGCCUACCAUCAGCAAGGGCAUUGAAGAUGAAACAUGGCUGGGUCUUUCAGCAUGACAAAGAUCCCAAACACACCGCCAGGGCAACGAAGGAGUGGCUUCGUAAGAAGCAUUUCAAGGUCCUGGAGUGGCCUAACCAUUCUCCAGAUCUCAACCCCAUAGAACAUCUUUGGAGGGAGUUGAAAGUCCGUGUUGCCCAGCAACAGCCCCAAAACAUCACUGCUCUAGAGGAGAUCUGCAUGGAGGAAUGGGCCAAAAUACCAGCAACAGUGUGUGAAAACCUUGUGAAGACAGAAAACGUUUGACCUCUGUCAUUGCCAACAAAGGGUAUAUAACAAAGUAUUGAGAUAAACUUUUGUUAUUGACCAAAUACUUAUUUCCCACCAUAAUUUGCAAAUAGAGUAAUUAAAAAUCCUACAAUGUGAUUUUCUGGAUUUUUUUUCUCAUUUUGUCUGUCAUAGUCGAAGUGUACCUAUGAUGAAAAUUACAGGCCUCGUCUUUUUAAGUGGGAGAACUUGCACAAUUGGUGGCUGACUAAAUACUUUUUUCCCCCACUGUACAUUGUCCAAGUAAGUAUUCAGAUAUAUUUUAUUUCAAAAGACAAGUUGAAUAUUUUUAUGUAUUUGAAAAUACGCAAAUACACUCCCAUGCAUUUAACCAAGGUUUUUGAAAAUAAUAUUUAAAAUAAGUGUUUGAAAAUACAUGUACUACUUCGUUUUUAGAAAUAGCCAUUCAAAUAGAAGUACUUGUUUGGGGCUUGUAUUUGAACAUUCUCAAAUACACUGAAAAAUGUACUUUAAAUACCAGAUAUCCGAAUGCAUAUUUGAACCCAGGUCUGAUUGUAAUACAUAAUCACUCAGUAAUUGUCUGUUGUGACUCAAUCAUUUGUAAAUUAACUAAUACUACAGCAUGUGUAUGAUAUAUGUAUAUUAUUAUGUACAUGAUGCUACAUUUAUUAUCUGUCAAACGCUGUUGCUAAGUGUGGGAAAGGAAUUACUCGGAUGAGCAACAUGAGACUAUGUUUGAAAACUUGUAAGAAAUAAACUCAUUGGAUCUUU